AUGACUGAGCACGUCGAUACUAAAGGAUUAUCAUCAGCGCUUCUGCAGAUGAAGUUUAUGCAAAGGACAAGGAUUCGUUUAGAGGAAGAAGCCAAAAGAAAAAGCGAACAAAAAUUGCAGAAACGUUUUUUAAAGAAGGAUGACAAAAAAUUAUCAAAAGGACCAGAAGCAGUAGAGCCAACUGUGAAAUCCGAAAAUAGGUAUGAGUUAUUGGAAAACCUUUCAUUUGGACGAAUGUCUUUUAAAGGUUUCAAUCCCGAAGUUGAGAAGCUUAUGAAAUAUUAUGAGGAUAUAAAAGGCUGCAAAGUGUCUGAUGAAGUCAAUUUUGAUAUUGGACAGGACAUUACGGAUUAUGAAUUAGCUGCAUCAGUGUUUAGCGCAAAAGCAAAAGGAAAUAGAAAAUAUCUGAACAAACAUGAGAUGGAUGAAAGGAGUUUAAUCGAUGAAAUUAACGAACAACCAUUAAAGCGUAAACGUCGAGAUGAUGGACGUCCAACUCAAUCAAAAGUCUAA